GAAAAGCCUAGUGGGUUUGAAGGUCUUUAAAAGAUGAAUAGCACGACAAGUACUUUAGACGCCACUUAGACAAAAACAGCAUAACUUGGAGCGAGAGACAUAUCUGAAUAGAGAGAAAAUGGGAAAGACAACAAAGUCAGUGUUCAUCAUCGCUGUCCUCUUCUUCGUUAUCUCCAAAGCGGCGGCAGAGAUAGAAGUGGGGGAGCCUGGGUGUGCAAUAGACUCCCGCGGUGACGUCGAUAGACUAUGUGUUAAACAACCACCAUUAUGUGAUUGUUAUUGUCGUUUGAUCAAGCGUGCCGUUGGCGGAGGACGCUGUGUUGGACAUAUCACCGAGAAUCUUGGAUGCGUAUGUUACAUGUGCAACACGACGAACGCAAGCGAUAGCUACAAGCUCUAGCUGCAGUUCUAAGCUUCAGUUGUCUGUUAUAAUGGAAUCUGUUUGGGUUGUGUGAGUGUGUCUGUCGUCGUCGACAUGUUCAUGUGCGAUAUUAACAUGAGCAACAGAAUAUCUACUAGUGUAUAUUCAAAUACAGUACAUUAAAAAAAAACAUGAGUUCACUUCAGUUUGCGACUCAUUAUAUAAAAUAAAGGUUAUGCAUUUACAUAAGCAUAAUCUCAUUCUGGUAUAAUUUAAAAUGUUUCGGUGUGUGUGUUUGUAUGUAGUCGACAUGUUCAUGUGUGAUAUUAACAUGAGUUCGCUUCAUUUUGCGACUCAUUACAUGAAAUAAAGCUUAAAUAUUUACGUA